AUGGCAGUAGGCUCAAGUAGACGAGCAGGGAGGGUGACCAAUAAGACGAGAUUAGUCAUUUAUAGAGGUUCAGAUCAAGUUGAAUUAUCAUCGGCAGAAGUAAUCGUAUGGGAAACAGACCCGACAUCUUCCGAACCUACAAAACAUCAACAUGUGGGAGCGAAAGGUGUUGAAAGUGGCGAGUUAUUGGAACAUCAUCUUCAAGCAGCUUUAUCUUCAGCUUCUUUAUUACAUUCAACUCUUCCUACUUCUCCUCCAAAACCAACACAUUCACAACUUCGUAAUGUCAAAGAAUCCACCAUUCCCACUUCCACUUCCACUUCCAAUUCAACCAACAACAAUACACUGGCUUAUCAUAUCCCAACUCCAGAUGCAACAGGUUUGGUCGAAAAUGCAGAUUAUGCAAGAUUAUAUCAAACACAUAAAUAUUUCGAACCUAUCAAUUACAUAAAAUUCUCUGAUACGGUAGAAGAAGCAUGUCAAGGGAUAGGUGGAUUAGGUUAUUGUAUGGAUGAAGAAGAUUUGAAAUGGUUGAACGAAUUCAAUGAAAAAGGUGAAGGUGGAAGUGGAAGUCCAUUGAAAGAAACUUCGAUGAAUCAACCUUUAUCAGCUGGAAGAGAGAGGAGAAAAGGGAAAGAAAAGGAAAAGGAAAAAGAUAAAGAUAAAGAAACACAAAUGGUUUUGGAGAUUAAGAUGGAUAUAUUCGAAUUCGUCAUGGGAGUUUUAGAGAAAUAUGUCGAAGAUAUGGUUCCUAUGGUACAUACUAACUUAUCUCUUUUACCUACUUUUACAGAUGUCGAAUCGUUUUUCUCUACACCUAUACCUGCUUCUUUUUUCCCGUCGAACGAAUUACCCAAAGGUCUUCCUGAACUCAAGGUGUUGACAAGGAUGGCUAGAUGUAUUUAUCCUCAUUGGAAAGUUAGAAGGGAGAGGAGGAAAGGGAAGAGUAUCAUGCCUGGUCUUAACUACGACGAAACAAACGACAACGACCCAUACGUAUGUUUCCGUCGUCGAGACAUUCGUGCAACUCGUAAAACCCGUAGAACAGAUAAUUACUCCGUCGAACAAUUCCAAAAACUUCAAGGAGAAAUGCGUAUGGCUCAUAUGAUUUCACAAAUGGUCGUUCAGAGAGAACAUCAUAAACGUGCAUUAUACCAAUCGGAAAGAGAAGUUUGGGAAUCAAAAUGGAAAUUAUUCGAAACUAAACGACGUUGGCCAUCUUUAGGUGUCACACCACAAGAAGAAGAAUUCAUCACUGGUAGACCUCAAGUCGGAAUCAUUUCAACUCAAACCCAAAGUUUCGUCAAUGGUCAUUUGGCUUUACAACAACAACAACAGAAUAUACCUCAGAUACGAAAGAAAGGUUUGGAUAGAGAGAAAGAAGAGAGGGAGAGAAGAGAUCGAGUCGUGGAGAAUAGGUUGGAAAAAGGUUUGAAUAAAGGGUUGAAUUUGAGUGAAUUGUUAAGGGAGAAAUUGGCUCAAAGGGAGAAUAGGUUGUUGGAGGGUUUGAAUAGGAAGAAAGAGGGGGAUAAUCAGUGGGAUGAUUAUACUGAUUCCUCUUACAACCCCCUUCCUUCCAGAUUAUCAAGCCAUGGGUUUCGUCCUUUAUCAGCCUUGGACCCUACUGUCGAAUCUUCUGGACAAGGUGAAGAUCUGGAAGAAGAAUUAAGACCUUUAACUUUCAGACUUCGAAGAGGAAGAGGUGGCAUGUUACGGUUAGAUAGAAGACCACCUUCAUCGACGACAAACUCACAACAUCUCGCAGAUCGUUUAUUCCCUCAAAUCUUUCCUUCUGUACUUGGAAAACGUCAUCGUCCUAGAUCUAUCGAUGAAGUCGAAGAUCAAUCAUCUCCAUUCGGACAAGUCAAAAAGUUGAAUGAGAUCUGGCGAUACGCAACUGCUACAGGAUCCACAGGAGUAGGUUUAGGACCUAAUCCUAUCGAUUCCAACACAGUCAUCAUUGAUGAUUUUGACCCUAAAUAUCUGCGUUACCGAAUUACUUUACUGCAAAGUGAAGAUCUUCAAAAACUUGUCCCAGAUCCUACUCUCCUCGAUCAGACCAAAGACAUUUUGGACGAACCGAUAGAAUUACCACCCACUCCAGUUUUCGUCAGACCUCAACCUCAAAUGGGUAUAAACGUCAACCCUCAAUUCAUGUUGCAACAACAACAAAUGUUACAUCAACAACAAGCUGAAUAUCAAAGAUUUCAAUUAUUGGCUCAACAACAAGCAAUGGCAGCUCAACAAAUGGUUCAAGUUCAACAACAAGCUGUUCAAGCUGUUUUACAACAACAAAACCAGACUCAGAACCAGAAUCAGAAUCAAAACCAAAACCCUAGAAUAACUUCGAAUCCUUCCAAUACUUCAAAUUCUUCAAAUAUCAAUAAUCCUUCCGAUUCCAAUGGACAAUAUGUCGGAUCACCAGGAGGACAAAUGCAAUUGAAACUUCCUCCUCAUGCUCAGGCGAGAUUGGCACAAGGGCCUGGUCGAUGA